UGUUGACCUCGCCACCAAUAAUAACGCUAUUACACAACAGUAUAAACACAAAACAGACUACUAACCUGUAUGAAAUUUUUCCGCGAGGGGAAUCUUAAAAAACGUAAACACUACGCGCACACUUUUACUAUGCAAACGUCCCUGGUUCAAAACCGAAACACUCAAUUUCGAUUUCGUUUUGAUUCCUCGUGGCCUUCUGUCGUCAGUUUGCCGUGGAACGUGCGCUCGGAAACAUUCGAAAAAUAUGAAGACUCGCGCCGCAGUUAAAAGGAAACUGACGACGCUAUCGCUCGAAAGGUUUAGAUAGCCUCUACCACCACGAUGUUUCAAUUAAUAAAAAACUACUUUAUCUCUUCUACGAUAGUGAUUUGCGUGCUAACGUUAUUAUUUCUCGCGGACGCUAAAAUUUGCAACUCGAUCGACGUACGGAAUCACGUACAAAAUCUUAACAAACUGAAAAAUUGUACCGAAAUUAUUGGCGAUUUGAUGAUAGUACUUUUGGAGAAUACUAAAAGCGAAAUCGAUUAUGAGCCGUAUGUGUUUCCGGAACUACAAAAAGUUACCGGGUUUGUAUUGUUGUACAAGCUGAAACAUUUGACUUCUUUGGGAAAACUUUUUCCCAAUCUGAGGCUGAUCAGAGGAUUGAGUCUGCUUCAAAACUAUGCCCUGAUUGUUUAUGAUCUUCCUAAUAUCAGAGAGAUUGGCACUACCAAACUAUCAUACAUCGCAAGAGGCUACGUUAAAACCGGCAAAGCUCCAAAUUUGUGUUACGUGGAUACCAUCGAUUGGCAAAAGAUUGGAGAAAACAUGUUCGUCCAGUACCAGAAACAUAACAGGGUUUGUUCACCUUGUCCAGCACAAUGUAAUGGAUUCUGCUGGAACCAGGACGAAUGUCAAGUAUUUACUGAUAACUGCCAUAUGGAAUGUUUAGGCUGCACAAAGAACAAUUCAAACGCACAUUGUGAAGUGUGCAAAAAUUACGAUAAUGAUGGCGUUUGCGUCGCUGAGUGCCCCCCAGAAAAGUAUAUCCUCAAAGCCAUGAGCAAAUGCGUAUCAGAAACGGAAUGCUUCGAGCGCAACCAAAUAACGUCCAAUCAUACCAGCCAAAACAGAACCUCCUAUUUUAUAUACCAAGGAAAGUGUCGCAACGAUUGUCCAGAAGAAACCAGAUUCAAUUCGAAAAUCAACAGCUGCGAUCCGUGUGGAGAUGACUGCGUCAAAUGGUGCGGAAGUGUUAAACUUGUAAAUCCUCUGGUUAUUGAAAAUAUGAAAGGUUGCACGCAUAUCAAUGGAUCUGUCUCAAUACUCAAUUUAGCCAGUAAACAGGAACAAGCUGGGCUAUACGUUCACUUAAGAUCUCUGAAAUAUAUACGUGACUAUCUUCUUAUCGCCAGAAACGAAGCAAUGGAAGACUUGGGAUUUUUAUUGAAUCUCGAAGUUAUAGCUGGUGUUAAUUUAUAUGCAAAUAAAUCAGUAUUCGUCUAUGAUAAUAGGAAUCUUAAGAAAUUGUGGAGGAUAAAUGAGAGUUUUCCUUUGAAAAUUAAAAAUGGCACUAUAGGAUUUCAUGACAACGAACUGCUGUGCCUGACUGAAAUAGAAAAAUUCGCCGAAAAGACUGGUAUAAAAUACAGCGAAACCGACGUGUCAAAAUACUCUAACAUGGCAUAUUGUUCCGACGACGUGAACACGGACUUCGAAGUAAAACUAACGAAAGUUAGUACCACGAAUGUUACUUUGGAGUGGGAAAAGAAAGAUGCCAGUAACGAGCUGUAUUAUACGAUUCACUAUACAGAUUCUAAUUCCACAGAGGAGAGAGGAAAAGACGUGUGCAGUGCAGACGGCUGGGACAGUUUCAGCACGUCCAACAAUUCUGUACUGUUAGAUAACCUUAAAGUGUUCACGACCUACUAUUUUUACGUUAAGACUUACCUCAAAAAUAUGGAGUUCAAAAAGUCCGCUAUGAAGACGUUUCAGACAUUGCCAGAUGAUCCCGAUUCACCUUCUACUUUUACAGCUUAUCCUGUUGACCAUAAUUCAGUGAAACUAACUUGGACAAAACCCUAUCGAAGCAAUGGUAUUUUAAAUAAAUAUGUGAUCAGUGUUUAUCGAAUAGAUGACGAUCCCAGUUUGCUGAAAAAUCGGGACUAUUGCACAAAUCCUUUCAGCGAUGCUGGAUCGGAAAUAGAUAAGCGAGAACAUUUAGAAAAAAAGGACGAAGUAAUGAGCUUGGAGGAACUGAAGGAAAUGUACGACUUGGGAGACAAAGAAAUAACGCAAACUGGCAAUCUUUGUUGUUCGAGGAACGACGAACUCAAUAUAAGACUGAAAAACGAUAUUUGGCUAUAUCUCUGUGAUAAAAAUUCGCAGUCAAAGUUCGGUGUGGACUUCUGCAAACAUUACUUUUACGAAGGCGACGUUAUAACCAACGGAACGGAUAUCACAAUGGAAAAACGUUCCGGCGAAAAAACAUUCUCCAGAAAAAAAAGCUACGUGUAUCAAAACAAAUUUCUUACCGAAGUUGUUAGUGCCAAUGUAACAAACCAUACUAUAAAUCAGCUAAGACAGUACAGUCUGUAUGCAUUUUAUAUUUUGGCUUGCAAUCAAAAUUAUAACGGGCGUAGAUUGUGUAGUUCAGUAUUACAGACCACUUUGAGGACUUUAAAACAUCCUAAAGCAGAUGACGUUUCAGAUUUUACCGUUAAAACAAUGAAUCAGGAUAUUGUAAUGACUUGGACCGAACCUAAAAACCCAAAUGGUUUUAUUUUGGCCUAUAAUCUCUACUAUCGAAAAGAUAUGAAGCAUUCUAAAAACCAAACUCUUUGCAUAUCUCAGGAAAAAUUUUUGAAAUACAAAAAUCUCACAUUGAAAAACAUGUUACCUGGUGGCUACUAUUUGAUGUUGCAAGCAGUAUCUCUAGCAGGCCCUGGAAGUUUUAGCGAUAUCAAGUACAUAGAAAUAGAUGAUUUGGGAAUAAAUCCUCUCUGGUUUGUCAUUAUAAUCAUUUUAAUACUAGCGACUGUUGUUUUGGCAAUUGCAAUAGUUUUUCGUAUAAAAAAGAAACAGCUGCUGGAUGAUAUACAGUUAAUUACACAAAUCAAUCCGGAUUAUGCCAGCUUAUCUUACGAGGUGGACGAGUGGGAAAUGGACAGGGAAGACAUUGAAUUGCAUCAAAUUCUUGGACAAGGUACAUUCGGCAGAGUGUUUUUAGGACAAAUAAAAUCCAGUAAUGUAUUGUGUGCAGUAAAAACCAUCAAUGAAGAGUCCUCCUACGAGGAAAGGGUCCGAUUUCUAACAGAAGCCUCGACAAUGAAAAGUUUUACGAACGGCCCGCAUGUUGUUAAACUUUGCGGAGUAGUUUCUAAAUCGCAUCCUCCGUUAGUGCUGAUGGAGCUAAUGGAACGGGGCGAUUUGAAAAAGUAUCUUUUGAAGUUACGUGAUUCCUGCCAUAGUAUUCCGUCAAAUGAGAUUUAUAGGAUGGCCAUCGAAAUUGCCGACGGGUUGGCUUAUUUGACGUCGAAAAAGUACGUGCACCGCGACUUGGCGGCGAGGAAUUGUAUGGUCGGCAACGAUAAGACUGUGAAAAUUGGCGAUUUUGGAAUGACCAGAGAUAUUUACCAAAGCGACUACUACAAGAAAGGUAGCGGUAGCGCAUUACUGCCAGUUCGUUGGAUGGCGCCAGAAUCGAUUGCCGAUGGAGUCAACACCUACGACUCUGACAUCUGGGGCUACGGAAUAGUUUUAUGGGAAAUAGUGACAUUAGCUGCACAACCAUACCAAGGUCUGAGCAAUGAAGAAGUUACCCAAUUCGUAGUAUCCAAAGGAACUCUAGAUCGGCCGCCAGAAUGUCCGAACCUUCUCUGGGAAAUUAUGGAGAAAUGUUGGAAUUGGUAUCCCAAUAAAAGGCCGACCUGUUUUGAGGUCGUAGAAUUACUACAGGAUAACGUUGGAGACACGUUCAAGUCACUCUCAUUCUACCACAGCCCGAGCGGUCAAGAGUACUCGAUGGGCUACGAAAGACCAAAUAAUUCUCCGGCCCUGGCGAUAACUAAUUACCGAGGCAGGGGAAACAAUAACGCAACCGAAACUGAAAGCCAACCGCUUAAUGAUACUUCCGAAAUAGCCGCUAGCCAUACCAAUGAUCCCGAAUUUAUUCCUCCUUCUAGUCCAAAAACGCAGCCUUAUACAGGACAAUUCCAUUAGCCUUUAAGUCGUUGUAUUGUAAAUGAAUUGUUGAGUUUAUAAAAAAAAGUACCUAUUGUUGAAGAAAGAUUUAUAUUUUUUGUAAGUUAUGAAUUAAGAAUUGUAAAGACUAUUAUUAAAUUAAAUUUUUAUUUAACUAA